AUGUCGGACACGAAACCGCUGUUGGACAGCGGAGAUUCGACCUCCCAAAAAGCUUCGGAAGCAGAUUCUCCUUCAUCGUCCAUCAUUGAUUCCAAUACAUUACCUACUAAUGUAUCAAAUGAAAAUUCAGAAUUUACAGUUCCUGAAAUGGGUCCUGAAAAUGCCGCUUCUAAAGUAACAUGUAGAGUUUGUCAAGAAAUGAUUGAUGUAAUUGGUAAAAGGGAACAACAUGUUGUAAAAUGUAACCGCUGCAAUGAAGCCACUCCUAUUAGAAGUGCUCCAGCAGGCAAGAAAUAUGUACGCUGUCUGUGUCACUGUCUUUUGAUUUGCAAAAGUACAUCACAACGUAUUGCUUGUCCCCGUAUAAACUGCAAAAGAGUUAUAAACUUAGCGCCAAGUCCUGUAACACCGCCGGUUCCUCAGGUUCCAGGCAUGUGUCGCGUUACUUGUGUGCACUGCCAGGAUACAUUCCUUUUUAAUAUGUUACAAAACGCAUUGGCCAGAUGCCCGCAUUGCCGUAAAGUGUCUUCUGUUGGCCCCGAUUUUGCUAAAGCAAAAGCCAUAUUUUUCCUCAUUUUAUCUGUAGUACUGUUUGUUAUUGGCGGAGGUGUUGUAUUCUUCACAUAUUCAAAUGCAAAGGCUCACAGCGGUUAUUUCAUUAUUCACUUUGGUGUCCUCAUGUUAACACUUUUAGCACUUUGGAAAUGUCUAUAUUACUGCCGAAUUAAAGUCAGCUCUAUUGAUGGACCUGUUUAA